GAUCAUGGAGCUGAAAUGGCUGCUGUAUGUGACCCUGCUAGCUCUGGGGGCUCUUGCUGUCCAGGCACAUGACAUGGAUGAUGACAACGAUGGUGAAGAUGUAGUUGAUAUUGAGGAUGACUUGGAUGAUGGCAUUGAGGAGGCAGAAGAGUCAAAGCCUGAAACAAGCACUCCUCCCCCAACUCCAAAGGUUACCUACAGGCCCCCGGUCCCAACCGGGGAGGUGUAUUUUGCGGAGUCCUUUGAUAAAGGAACUCUGGAUGGAUGGAUCCUUUCCAGAGCCAAAAAGGAUGAUACAGAUGAUGAGAUUGCCAAAUAUGAUGGUAAAUGGGAAGUCCAAGACAUGAAGGACACUAAGCUUCCAGGAGACAAAGGGCUUGUGUUGGUAACCCGGGCCAAGCACCAUGCAAUUUCUUCCAAACUUGCAAAGCCUUUUGUAUUUGAUACCAAACCCCUUAUUAUACAGUAUGAAGUAAACUUCCAAAAUGGAAUAGAGUGUGGUGGGGCCUAUGUGAAAUUGCUUUCAAAAACCCCUGAACUGAACCUGGAUCAGUUCCAUGACAAAACUCCAUACACAAUCAUGUUUGGCCCUGACAAAUGUGGAGAGGACUAUAAAUUGCACUUCAUCUUCCGGCACAAAAACCCAAAGACCGGCAGGUAUGAGGAGAAGCACGCGAAGCGUCCAGAUGCAGACCUGAAGACUUUCUUUACUGAUAAGAAGACCCAUCUUUACACUCUAGUCCUGAAUCCUGAUAAUAGUUUUGAAAUCCUGGUUGAUCAAACGGUUGUCAACAGUGGGAAUUUGCUAAAUGAUAUGUCUCCUCCUGUGAAUCCACCCCGGGAGAUCGAAGACCCAAAUGACCAGAAGCCUGAGGACUGGGAUGAAAGACCAAAAAUCCCAGACCCAGAUGCUGUUAAACCAGAUGACUGGGAUGAGGAUGCUCCUGCAAAGAUCGCAGAUGAAAACGCUGUGAAGCCAGAGGGCUGGCUGGAUGAUGAGCCAGAAUAUGUAGCAGACCCUGAUGCUGAGAAGCCUGAAGACUGGGAUGAGGACAUGGAUGGUGAAUGGGAGGCACCUCAGAUUGCAAAUCCUAAAUGUGAGGCAGCACCUGGCUGUGGUACCUGGCAGCGACCAAUGAUUGACAAUCCAAACUACAAAGGCAAAUGGAAGCCUCCUAUGAUUGAUAAUGUGAACUAUCAGGGCAUUUGGAAACCUAGGAAGAUCCCAAACCCAGAUUUCUUUGAAGACUUAGAACCUUUCAAGAUGACUCCUUUCAGUGCUGUGGGACUUGAGCUGUGGUCAAUGACUUCUGACAUCUUUUUUGACAACUUUAUCAUCUGUACUGAAAGAGCUGUGGCUGAUGAUUGGGCCAGUGAUGGAUGGGGACUGAAAAAGGCAGCUGAUGGUGCUGCAGAGCCUGGUGUUGUAGGCCAGAUGAUGGCAGCGGCUGAAGAGGGGCCCUGGCUUUGGGUGGUCUACAUCCUCACUGUGGCUUUGCCAGUGUUCCUUGUUGUCCUUUUCUGCUGCUCUGGGAAGAAACAGCCAAGUGCUGCAGAAUACAAAAAGACUGAUGCUCCUCAGCCUGAUGUGAUGGAUGAGGAGAAAGAGGAAGAAAAAGACAAAGGGGACAAGGAAGAGGAGGAAGAAGAGGAAGCAAAUGAGGAGAAGCUAGAAGAGAAGCAGAAAAGUGAUGCUGAUAUAGGAAGUGCUAGUCAAGAGGAGGAGGAAGAAGAGGAGGAGGAAGAGGACAGGAAACCUGCAUCAGAGGAGGAGGAAACUGUGAAUAGAUCACCCAGAAACAGAAAGCCAAGAAAAGAUUGAAAAAAAAAAAAAAAGUCCUAAGAACUUGAUCUGUAAUUUUUUUUUCUUUAAUUUUUUUCUCCAAACAUGGUUCUGGGAGAGGACCUUGGACACCUUACAUUGAAACUUGGACAAACCUCAAGAUUUCACCAUCCACAGGUUCCAGUCACACUAUCCAAUGUAAUGGAGUGUCUAGCAGUAAAACCUUUGCAAUCAUCUGUUUUAAAGAACAUCAUUCCUGUAGAAAAGAAUGCAUUUACUAGAACGGGCUGUGGAUUUUGGAAUGUAACAUAACUAACCUUUUCAGUUUUGGUUUUAAAUAUUCUUUUCAGUUUUUAAGUAGAUUGGUAGAACUUUUCCGGUCUCAGACUUUGGCUUAAUUUAAUAUAUUAAUUAGUGAAAAAAUAACAAUGAAUAUUGAAAGUGCUAGGUGAUACAAAUGCAGUUUUAUAACUAGGUUUUUUUACAAGUAUGUAAAUUCCUAAAUGCACCAAUGUCUUUAUAUCCCUUAAAAUUUGAUAAUUGUUUCAAGAAAAGCUGUCAAUGUAUUUGACAACCCCUCUGCUGCCCUCAAAAGAAAACUGGGGUGGGGUGUAUGGGGAAACCAGUAGUGAAACUAAUCAAUCAGCUUCAUUCUUCUGGGGGCAGGGGAAAGAGGAAGGAGGGGUGGAAGGAAGGGGUUAGUCUCUAGAAUAUGCAUACUGUGCAUGGCUAAAGCCCUGUUAAGUGUUGACAAAUGAUCUAGGAUUUGGAGUGGGUCAUCUUAAUGUGGCAUUUAAUCCUGCGGACCUUGCAGAUAAUGGAUUUUGUUAGUUCUUGAACUCUCUGUGUAAAGCUAAUGGGUUGUGGGGGUGGGGUUAGACUACUUCCCCCUUUCCCCUCUGUUCAGCCACUGAUGCUUUCCUUUCUCUGUGACUAUACAGCUUUUUCUGAGUGCAGCUUUGCCUCAGUUGCUGAAGUGCUUCAUGUUCAGCUCAUCGUCAAACUCUAUUUUUAUAGCUAGGCCUACUCCUUUCCAGGGUCCAAACACUGGAUAGGACAGUGUCCCAUAUCCUCUCACUGUUAUCACUGUAUGUCUACUCCUGUAGGAAUGGGGGAGGUAGUUGGGUAGACAAGUUGAACUGAGUAUUUGUUAAGGAAAAAAGAAACUCAAAGAAGAUGUCAGUAUUGUAGGUGGGGAAGGAGCAUGUGGGAUAUCUUAACCGGUAUGUGAAACUGUUUAAGUCUCUUUUUAUCUGCUCUUCAUGUAACAAAUGCAUCCUAAAUUAUAUUGUGAAUGUUAGGGAGUUCCAAUUCCAGCUGAAUAAAUUUUUUUAAAGCG